AUGGCUUCCAGGGCUGCUCAGACUCUGUUGAGACCUACAAUGCGCCUUGCUGCCGCGCGCAUCUCUCCCGCAACUCCCUUCCUCCCGCCCUUCGCCGUUCUCGCAUUCUCAUCGCCUUCACCUCUCAACUCGCUCCAAGUCCGCACGAAGAAGACAAAGGCGGGCAAGAAGGGCGGCAAAGGUGGCAACAAGGGUCGGGAGGAGGAAGAGGACGAGGAAGACGAGCACGUCGUCGUUCAGGUCUCCAGGAAGGGCAAGGGGAAGCAUGUCGUCGAGGAGGAUUUGACCGACACGCAGCUUCCCGGCGAGCAGUUCGAGUUGAAGAAGCUGGAGAAGGACAUGUCGGAAGCUAUCGACCGGCUCAGGGUAUCGCUUAAGCAGAUCGUCGGCCGCGUUGACACGGUCAAGCCGUCCCUGCUCGACAAUGUUCGCGUUGACUCGCCCGAAGGACGGCGGCCGUUGAACGAGUUCGCGGCUGUCUCGGUCAAGGACGGCAAGGAGCUGAUCGUGAACUGCUACGAACCCUCGUUCGUCAAGCUCGUCUCGGACGCCAUCUACGCCUCGCCCCUGGGCCUCGCCCCGCUUCCUGAAGGCGACACCAAGCUCCGCGUCCCGGUACCGAAGGCGGACGAUGACAAGCGACACCAGCUCGUCCGAGAUGCGCAGACGUUGUGCGAGAAGACGCGGCAGGCGAUCAGGAAGGUCAGGACGGACGGACAGAAGGAUAUCAAGCGGGACACGGACCAGAAGAUUAUCGGGACUUCCGAGGCGAGGCAGGAGGGCAAGAAGCUGGACGACGCGACCAAGAAGAAGACGGCCGAGGUGGACAGGAUUUUCGAGGACAUCAAGAAGAUUGUCAUGGACGAGUAG